AUCAAGUUUACACGUAGCAUGUCUUAUAUAUGAUGAAGCCUGUUCGUGAGAAAUAGCACAGAUACAACGCGUGUUUUUUCUAGCAUUGCUGAGCUAAAAAGUAUGAGCUAGCCACAAAUUAAAACAGGGGACUGUUUAAAACACACGAAGGUACCUACUUAGACAACAACAUAUGUAGAUAUAAAAGGGCACUGCGAAUGUUCGAUGCAAAUGUUCCAACGCUAAUGCUCACUAGGAGAUGUCCACUGGGUUCAGGAUGACAUCGGCUAUGAUCUCAGUGCCUACCACGGCGUCCCGCUUCGCUUUGCUGCAAGUUGACUCCGAUUCGGAUUCUGAUUCGGAUGCAGGGAAGCCCAAAGUGGGACGCGGUGUAGGAAAGCCCGGUUCGGGGAAGUCCUCUAGCGGGAAGAGCAACCAAAACAAUGAAAAGAAGAAAGAGAAGAAGAGAAGAAAGAAGGAACAGCAGCAGAGUGAAGCCAAUGAGCUUAGGAGUCUUGCCUUUAAGAAGAUCCCUCAGAGGUCUGCAGCGCCCCCUUCAACACUGACACUAUCAGAUUUAGCGAAUGACCUGCUGAACCCGGCAACUGUCCAGCACAGCGCCACACCACAGGAGAACUGGCAGGAUUGGAAACAGAGAGAUGAGCAGCUGACAAGUGACUUGUAUGAGGCAGAUCUGGAGAAGGCGUUGAUGUUAAGUAAGCUGGAUUUUGAGGAACAGAAAAAGGAUGAGAAAACAGAGGCCGCGUCACCAAAGACCAAGACAGGCGGUAAGAAAGACCGGAAGAAGAAUCAACAAGGGAAGGACAAACGCGUCACUGUGUCUCUAAAAGACUUCCAGCAGGAGGGCAGCAUGGAUCAGCAGAAUAAAAGGCCGGACAGAGAGGACUCGAAGCUUGUGAACCCUCCGCUUCGUGAUGAGAAGUUCUUUAAUCGUCUGGAGGAUGAUGUGAGCAAAAUCGUUCAGCGUGACAGACGCAGAGAGCAGUUCAGCAGUAGCGCCGGUCAUGAGGUCAACACGUCCUCAGAGCAAGAGCAGGAUGUGAGAACUGAGCAGUUAAAAUAUGAACUGGAAAAGAAAGACAAGGAAAUUGACAAAUUGAAAAAGACAGUUUCACAAUGGGAGGUAAGAUAUAAAGAAGUGAAGGCCAGAAAUUCUCAGCUGCUUAAAAUGCUUCAACAGGGAGAGAUGAAGGACAAAGCUGAAAUUUUACUGCAGGUGGAGGAGCUCCUGAACAUUAAAGAGGAAUUGUCCUCACAGGUGACGCUACUGCACACAGCUCUAGAGCAGGAGAGGUCAAAGGUGAAAGGCUUACAGUCAGAACAACCGAAACAUCAGGGGAAUCGAAAAGGAAAAAAGGCAUCAGAAGGGGAUGUAUGAACUUUUCAUAUCAAAGUCAUAGACAGCUUGAAUGUUUCAGCUGAUGUGUCGGCCUACUAAUAUACAGUCUCACACAUACAUAAGCGACACGUAUCAUCUCCUGUUUUAAGCAGUGCCCCAUAAGCAAACUACCACCAUCCUGUAACGCCUUUUAUUGUUUCUACCCGGUUAUGUUAUCCUGAUCACAGAGGAUUCUGGUAGAGUCCUAUUUUUGUUGUAAGGUCUUAUGUUUUAGUUUUCUGGAAUGAAUGCACAUUUGUCAGUGCCACAAUUUUGAAAAUAUAGAAUGAAUCUACCACAUUUCUGUGCACUGAACAAAAUGCUUAAAAUCUUGAGUUCAUUUAAAUAAAGAGACUUAUCUACUUUUUCAAA